CACGUGCUUUAAGUGAGGAUGGACUUCCUCGGUGGGGGACAGAACCUGGUUACAGAGGAUGUGACGGUAGUGGAGGGAGAUGUGGCCACCAUCAGCUGUCGAGUCAAAAACAGCGAUGACUCAGUGAUUCAGCUGCUGAAUCCCAACAGACAGACCAUUUACUUCCGAGACUUCAGGCCGUUGAAGGACAGCAGGUUUCAGUUAGUGAAUUUCUCCAACAGUGAACUCCGAGUGUCAUUGACAAAUGUCUCCGUUUCUGAUGAAGGAAGAUACUUCUGCCAGCUCUACACUGAUCCUCCGCAGGAAAUUUAUACUACUAUUACAGUGCUUGUCCCGCCACGCAAUUUGAUAAUUGAUAUCCAGAAAGAAAUUGCCGUCGAAGGAGAAGAGAUUGAAUUGAACUGCACUGCCAUGGCCAGCAGACCAGCCACCACGAUCAGAUGGUUCAAAGGGAACAAGGAGCUAAGGGGCAAGUCUGAAGUGGAGCAGUGGUCUGAUAUGUAUACAGUGACCAGUCAACUUCUGUUGAGAGUGGGACGGGAGGAUGACGGCAUCCCUGUCAUCUGUCUGGUGGAUCACCCUGCUGUCAAGGAUUUGCAGAUCCAGCGCUACCUAGAAGUCAUGUAUAAGCCUGAAGUGCGGGUUUCGAAGAAUUACCCGGUGCAAGGCCUAACAAGAGAAGGGGAGCCCCUCGAACUGUCCUGUUCCGUUUUUGGAAAACCACAGCCUACGGACAUGAGAUGGUUAAGAGUAGAUGAUGAGAUGCCUCAACACGUUGUACUGUCUGGUACAAACCUUCUCAUUAGUAACCUAAACAAAACAGAUAAUGGUACAUACCGCUGUGAGGCUUCAAACGUGGUGGGGAAAUCAUAUGAGGAUUACAUGCUGUUUGUAUACGAUCCCCCUACAACUCUCCCUCCUCCCACAACAACCACCACCACCACCACCACCACCACCAUCCCUACCACCAUCGCAGACACAACGGCGACGACAGAACCGGCAGUUCACGGCUUUACUCAGUUGCCAAAUUCGGCAGAGGAGCUGGACUAUGGGGAUCUCUCAGAUUCUCGAGCAGGUGAGGAAGGGUCGAUAAGGACCGUGGACCACGCAGUGAUCGGCGGAGUCGUCGCCGUGGUGGUGUUCGCAAUGCUCUGCCUGCUCAUCAUAUUAGGGCGAUACUUUGCGAGACAUAAAGGUACAUACUUCACUCAUGAAGCCAAAGGAGCAGACGAUGCAGCCGACGCAGACACAGCGAUAAUCAAUGCAGAAGGAGGACAGAACAACUCCGAAGAAAAGAAAGAGUACUUCAUCUAGAUCAGCCUUGGUUCCAAUGAGGUGUCCAACCGUGGACAGUUACUGGCCCAAUUUAGAUGAUAAAGAGACAGUGAUGUUGAAAGUUGCGACCAGCUUGUGUCUUUUUCUUUUUCCUUUUUCUUUU